AUGGCUGACCAAGAAGUGAUCAAAUUGGGUCCGAGGAAUGAUAGUGUGUUGUAUUUGCAAAAGGAUGGCAAGCACGUGUCUAUUGCUGCAUGGAACCAAAUAAAUAGAAUUCUGAAAGUGAGAAAAUAUCGGGAUUUUCGAGAUUUUAUUCCCGCUGAAAUUGUAGGCCACCUUCGUCAAGCCGGAUUUUACGAAGCCGCCUUAGCUGGGUCUCUGAAACUUGACAAAGUUUUAAUAUCAGCUAUGGUGGAGCGAUGGAGGCCUGAGACACACACGUUUCAUAUGUCGUUCGGAGAGUGUACUAUCACUCUGCAAGAUGUUGAUGUUCAUCUUGGCUUACCCAUUGAUGGGAAUCCUGUCACCGGAGUUACUUGGUGUGAUUGGUCUGAGCUUGUAGAGGACUUGCUCGGAGUGGUGCCACCCGCCAGUGCUAUCAAAGGAGGUGGCUUGAAGUUGGUUUGGCUAGGUGAGCAAUUUAAUUUUCAUAAUCUAGGCGGUGCCGACCCGAUACAACUUAUGUAUGCUGCAAGAGCAUACAUCUUACGACUAAUUGGCACUUUCUUACUAUGUGACCACACCGGUUCACAUGUCCCUCUUAGAUAUCUCAUUCUCUUACGAGACUUUGAGGAGACCGCAAAAGAUUGGCAGCUGUGCUUAUUUGAUACAAGUGUGGGCAUGGCUAAGGAUUCCAGGAAUCGGCCCGGAUCCACCGAGGCUGCACCGUGGCCUCCCACUCGCGGCAAGUUUGUGUGGAAGCCGUACUCUGAUCGUGUUCUCAAUGGGCUUUCGGAACAUUGUCGAGAAAACAUGCAUUUAUGGAGAACUGUGGUGCCAAUGGUACUCUAUCACGUUUCAGAGUGGCAUCAACCGGAUCGAGUUAUGCAACAAUUCGGGAUGUUUCAACCUGUACCGGAUGCACCGUCUCAACUUAAUGAAAUGCAUGAUAUUUCUCUGAAAGGGAAGGAAAAGCAGAAUUGGGUACAUAACAUGCGUGGUUUUAUACAGCUGUGGUCGGAGAGGCACCAGAGGUUGGCUAACCAACCCGAGACUAAUACUCUUGUUGGGCCAAAUGAUGAGUACAUGAUUUGGUACGACAAGUAUUCUGUUCGUUGGUUGACGCGUGCGGCUGCAGCAAGAGGGCAAAUGGCUAUGCGCGUUCAACAUGUAUGGUAUGGACUGACACCUGAAGGUCGCCCACUAUACACGGAUCAUGACCUUCAGAACCAAGCUGCUCGUUGCCUUACACUUUGCCAUGCAAGUGACAGGAUAUCUCAUCCCGCUGCAUCGGUUCCUAGCUUUCCUAUGGAGUUUACACACGCAACCACAAAUGACAUACCGCCGACUGGAAAAGAAGAAGGGGAAGGUCUUGGAAGACGGCGAGAAUCUCAGAUUCCUGAACAUGUUAUUAUUCAGGGGGGAACACUACCACCUCCACAUGGACAGUACUCAUUGUACCCCCUUGAUCUGAAUGAGACAUACCGACCAUACUAUUAUGGGGCGGGGUCCUCUGGUGUUCCUGAUGAUCAGGAAGAGACACCGAUGUAG